AUGUUUAGUGGCACGGUGCGAGUGCGGGUUUGCGAGGCGACGGGUCUCAGGCCGACCGACUUUCAGAAACGGCAUAACAUGACCUUCGGGAAGCCAGACGAUCAGCCGAUAGACCCGUACGUGUCGAUCGACGCGGACGAGCACCACCUAGACCGAUCAAGCACCAAACCCAAGACAUUUGACCCUGUGUGGAACGAAACCUUCAUUCACGAAGUACACAAUGUCAGUAGCUUGGGGAUCACAGUAUUUCAUGAUGCUGCAAUACCUCCAGAUGACUUUGUUGCUAACUGCACAAUUCCAUUUGAUGAUCUGAUGCAUCGAGAUAAGGAGGCCACAGAUUUUUGGGUGAGUGACUCUUCAAUAUUACUAAAAUUAAGAAGAUUCUCAUGUCCGGACCCAAGAUAUGUUUAUUUGGAGGAAGAGGUUGACCUAGAACCUCAGGGGAAAUUGCAUCUCAAAAUUGAUCUAAAAUGGAAUUCUCAAGCGGGUGUGGAGGCUCCGCGCGGUGCCGUGAGCGCGUGCUCGGGGGGCGCGGGGGGGCGCGAGUUCAAGGAGGGGGCGGGGUUCGCGCGCCGCCGCGGGGCCAUGCGGCGCCGAGUGCACCAGGUCAACGGCCACAAGUUCAUGGCCACCUUCCUGCGCCAGCCCACCUUCUGCAGCCACUGCAGAGAGUUCAUUUGGGGCUUGGGGAAACAAGGCUACCAAUGUCAAGUGUGUACAUGCGUGGUUCAUAAACGCUGCCACUCUUUGGUGGUGACCAAGUGCCCCGGUAUGAAGGAAGAGGCAAGUAAGCAACAAACUGGCGUGGGCGUGUCGGGCGGGCAGCGUUUCAGUGUGAACGUCCCCCAUCGGUUCGUGGUUCACUCCUACAAGCGCUUCACCUUCUGCGACCACUGCGGCUCCUUGCUCUAUGGACUCAUCAAACAGGGCUUGCAGUGCGAAGUGUGUUCGAUGAACGUGCACAAGCGAUGUCACAAGAACGUGGCGAACAACUGCGGCAUUAACACCAAGAUGAUGGCCGAGAUACUCAACGAGAUGGGCAUCUCGCCCGACAAGAAUCCACGGCCCAGAGCAUCUAAGUACCUGAGCGCGGCGCUGGAGGCGGGCGAGGGGGGCGAGGCGGGCGAGGGGGGAGAGGCGGGCGCGGCUCCGCCCGACGACGCGCGCCUCGACAAAGCGCUCGACGUCCAGCAGGCGCCGUGGCGCUCGCACUGGGACGAGCUCCGGGAGAUAUUCACGUGCGACGAAGGAGGCGAUUUCGGUGUGAGCGGGCAAGACAAGGUUUCGCUGGACGACUUCCAUUUUAUCAAGGUGCUGGGCAAGGGUUCCUUCGGGAAGGUUAUGUUGGCCGAGAAGAAAGGGACGGACGAGGUGUACGCGGUGAAGGUGCUGAAGAAGGACGCGAUCAUCCAGGACGACGACGUGGAGUGCACGCUCACGGAGCGGCGCGUGCUGGCGCUGGCGGCGCGCCACCCCUUCCUCACGGCGCUGCACUCCGCCUUCCAGACGCGCGACCGACUCUUCUUCGUCAUGGAGUACGUGGACGGCGGAGACCUCAUGUUCCAGAUACAGCGCGCGCGCAAGUUCGACGAGCCCAGAGCACGUUUCUACGCGGCAGAAGUAACGCUGGCCCUACAGUUCUUGCACUCACACGGAGUCAUUUACCGGGAUUUGAAAUUAGACAACAUCUUACUGGACAGCGACGGACAUUGUAAGCUUGCUGAUUUUGGGAUGUGCAAAGAAGGAAUUCUGGAAGGAGCAACGACCACUACGUUUUGCGGGACGCCAGAUUAUAUUGCACCUGAGAUUCUGCAGGAGUUAGAGUACGGUCCGUCGGUGGACUGGUGGGCGCUGGGCGUGCUGCUGUACGAGAUGUUGGCGGGGCAGCCUCCUUUCGAGGCGGACAACGAAGACGAUCUGUUCGAGAGCAUCCUGCACGACGACGUGCUCUACCCCGUGUGGCUCAGCAAGGAGGCCGUCUCUAUACUCAAGGGUUUCAUGACGAAGAACCCGUGCCGACGGCUGGGCGUGAGCGGCGGCGCGGGCGGCAUCCGCGCGCACGUGUUCUUCCGCGACAUGGACUGGGACGCGCUGCAGCUGCGCCGCCUGCGCCCGCCCUUCCGACCCAAAGUGGUGAGUACCGCGUACUUAGGGUCUAGUUCUGCCGCGACAUGGACUGGGACGCGCUGCAGCUGCGCCGCCUGCGCCCGCCCUUCCGACCCAAAGUGGUGA